AUGGAGGCGUACAACUACGAGGACCUGGAGCCCGUCAGCCUCGAGCUGGGCGCCGAGGGCGAGAUAUGCCAGAUCAUGUACAGUCCCGAGUACGCGCGCGUGAUUGGGCUGCUGCGCGCACUGAUGGCGGCGGACGAGGUGUCUGCGCGGGCGCUGGCCCUAAACAGCACGGCGCUGCGGAUGGCGCCGUCGGACUACACGACGUGGAACCACCGCUACCGGCUGGUGAAGGCGCUGUACGGCGCGGACGCCGCAAAGCUGAAUGCGGAGCUCGACUGGCUGGACGAGUUCACGCUGGGAAACCUGAAGAACUACCAGAUCUGGUCGUACCGGCAGGCGCUGCUGCGGCUGCACCCUGAGCCGAAGCUGCCGCGUGAGCUGCCGGUGCUGCACAUGAUGCUGCAGGAGGACGCGAAGAACUACCACGUGUGGUCGUACCGCAAGUGGGCGGUGCUGUUCUUCGGCGAUUUCAGGCACGAGCUGGAGUACGCGGCCUGGAUGAUCGAAGGCGACGUCUACAACAACAGCGCGUGGGCGCACCGAAUGUUUGUGCUUAAGAGCACCACGCCCUCGGCCAGCGACAUCCAGCGCGAGGUCGACUACGCGUGCGCCAACAUUGAGCUCGUGCCGCAAAAUUCGAGCAGCUGGAACUACCUCCGAGGCUUGUACGACCAGUUCCGCGGGGGGCGCUACGACGAGGACGUUGUAGACUUCGCUCUCUCUUUUACGGGCGACUUGCUGGACUCGGAAUCUGAGGGCAACGCCCUGCCCGAAAUCCGCUCGUCCCACGCACUCGAACUGCUGGCGCACGUCUACUCCCAGGAGAAGGCCACCCACGACAAAGCAAGGCGUGCGUACAAGGGCUUGGCGUCCGCGUACGAUCCUAUAAGACGCCCCUUCUGGGAGCUACAGCUGUCUAAGCUUGUGUAA